UACCAGUAUGCCUAGUUCACGGUGAUAGGAGUUGUUGGUCCCGAAGAACGUCACGACUCUGAGCAAGAUAUCCCUCAUGCGGUAACCGUCACGUUUAGCUAGCCAUUGUUUGUGCUCUCAGUGUAUACAAGUCUUGCUAUUGUUCAUUUUCUCAUUUAAUCAACCCCUGCGGUAUAUAAGACAGCGGAGUAUCGGAGUCGUAGCGCACUGGUAAACCUGUGCAUGUUCCAUCGUUCAUUGUUAGCACUCUAUUACCAUGUGGGCGUCAUUCCUUCUACCAGCCUUUCUUCUUUUCGUUUCCCUCGUCUCAACGGCUCCGCCUGAAACCGAACAGAAUCAGGGGAGCACUAUCGAAACGAAUGGCAGAGAAUACCGUGUCUUUCAAUCCACAGUUACUGGGGCUCGGGUUGAAUACGUGGAGAACUCCGGGGUUUGCGAGAUGAUGUUUGGCGUUACGCAGUAUUCCGGAUAUAUCGUACUCGAGACGCCCAACCAAAUAAAAAACAUCUGGUUUUGGUUCUUCGCAAGUAGAAAUGCUCCACAGACGGCGCCUCUUGCGGCUUGGUUCAAUGGUGGUCAGGAUCCUGGUUGUUCAAGCAUGAUCGGUCUAUUCCGGGAAAACGGUCCUUGUCAAUUUUACUACGGAAACAACUAUCAGCCCUCCUUGAAUAUGUACAGUUUCAACCAAUAUGCCAACAUGCUAUACAUCGACCAGCCGGUCGACACUGGCUUCUCGUACGGCAACAUCACGGACACUAAUACGGCCGAGUCAGCUGCCGUAAUCUGGGGUGCUCUCCAAGCGUUCUACGAAGCCUUUCCCAGAUUCCAAAACCGCGACUUUGGUAUCUUCACCGAAGGCUAUGGAGGCCACUAUGGACCCGCGUUUUCGAAGCACAUCUUGGAUCAGAACAACCGGAUCGAGAAGGGAGAAACGUUAGGACAACGAAUCAAUCUAGUUGCGCUUGGCGUCAAUAAUGGCUGGUUUGACCCGUACAUCAACUGGGAGUCGCAGAUCCAUUACUCCUAUAGCAACUCUCAUCGUCAGCUCAUUUCGGCUGCUGAACUAGAUACGUAUCUCCAAGAUUUCCGGCAGAAGUGCGUUCCAGAGUUGGAUGAGUGUGCACCUGGCGAUCAAUAUAUUUGCCGUAACGCGAUAGAAACAUGCAGCCGCGCUAUCGAAGGCCCGCUGAGUCAAAAGGCUGACUUCAAUACGUACGAUAUUCGCAAGCCUCGGCCCAACGACAAUGCACCGCAACCUUAUGACAACUAUCUGCAGCUGCGAGACAUCAAGUGGCAAAUUGGUGCGAGAUAUCGGUAUUCUGAAUGCACGAUGGAUGUGGACUCAGCAUUCAACAACGCGGGCGAUCACGCUGUCUCGUUCCUCCCUGUCCUUGAGGCUGUGGCGGCAGCCAAUGUUACGGUUUUAAUCUGGGCGGGCGACGCGGACUGGAAACACAACUGGUAUGGUAAUCUCGAAGUCGCAAAGACUCUCAAACAUGCUGGUCAAGAAGAGUUCAAUUCAAAAGAAUUGGUCCCCUACACCGUCAAUGGCGUAGAGCUCGGCUCCUUCAAGAGUGCGGGUAAACUCUCCUUUCUGAGGGUCUAUAACGCCGGACAAAUGGUCAUGUAUGAACAGCCCAAACUAUCUCUCCAGGUUUUUAUGCAGACCAUGAAGCAGCGAGCUAUAUUUUCAACCUAGGCGUGCUACGACACGAAUCAAAGCCGCCAUACACCCAUCACAACUUCAGUUUCCUCCAAUCUUUAGUCUUUCCAUGACUCUUCCCUUUAAUGGAAUGUAAUUGCGACAUGUCCUAAAGUAGGUUUGCGGACCGCCGCGUUUGCCAAACUUGAAGUCUUUGUAUUGUGCAUUU